GAGUGGGGGGCGAGGCGGGGCCAGGGCUGCGCGUGGGGCUGGGUGUCCCAUUGAAAAGGCGGCCGCACUCCGGCCGCCCAGCACUCUCUCACUCCUGGCCAGGGAACGUGGAAGGCGCACCGACAGGGAGCCGGCCAGGGAGGGCAAGUGAAAGAAGGAAAUAAGAAAGAAAGGGGGUUAACAAAAUAAUACAAACAGCCCGAGCGACGGUUGGAGAGACCGAGACCCGGCGCAAGAGAGCGCAGCCCUAGGGGGAGAGGAACAGGAGACAGCAGAGCGCGCUCACCACUGACUUUUGCUUCUUCUGCUGUCUUUUUUUCUUCUCUUAAACAAGAAGGCGCCAGCGGCAGCCUCACACGCGAGCGCCACGCGAGGGUCCUGAAGCCAACCCGCGAAGGGAGGAGGGGAGGGAGGAGGAGUGGAGGGAGGAGGAAAGGCAUUUGCACCUUCCUUGCUCUCACCCUAAUAAGUCUCCCGGGGAUUUUGUGUAUUUUUUACUUCCCUUCGGGCUCCUGCUUUAUCUCUUCCCUUCUUUCCCUCUCUGUUCGUGCACCCCAGUCCUGUCUGUGUCCCCUCUCGUGCGCGCCCCGCACCUCGCGUCCCCGCUUGCUCGGAUCCCGCGACUCCUUGGCCGCCGCUGCGCAUGGAGAGCUCUGCCAAGAUGGAGAGCGGCGGCGCCGGCCAGCAGCCCCAGCCGCAGCCCCAGCAGCCCUUCCUGCCGCCCGCAGCUUGCUUCUUUGCCACGGCCGCGGCAGCGGCAGCGGCGGCGGCGGCAGCGGCGGCGCAGAGCGCUCACCAGCAGCAGCAAGCGCCACAGCUGAGCCCGGCGGCCGACGGCCAGCCCUCAGGGGGCAGUCACAAGUCAGCGCCCAAGCAAGUCAAGCGCCAGCGCUCGUCCUCGCCCGAACUGAUGCGCUGCAAACGCCGGCUCAACUUCAGCGGCUUCGGCUACAGCCUGCCGCAGCAGCAGCCGGCCGCCGUGGCGCGCCGCAACGAGCGCGAGCGCAACCGCGUCAAGCUGGUCAACCUGGGCUUCGCCACCCUUCGGGAGCACGUCCCCAACGGCGCAGCCAACAAGAAGAUGAGCAAGGUGGAGACGCUCCGCUCCGCCGUCGAGUACAUCCGAGCGCUGCAGCAGCUGCUGGACGAACACGACGCGGUAAGCGCCGCCUUCCAGGCUGGCGUCCUGUCGCCCACCAUCUCCCCCAACUACUCCAACGACAUGAACUCCAUGGCCGGCUCGCCGGUCUCAUCCUACUCGUCGGACGAGGGCUCUUACGACCCACUCAGCCCAGAGGAGCAAGAACUGCUCGACUUCACCAACUGGUUCUGAGGGGCUCGGCCUGGUCAGGCCCUGGUGUGAAUGGACGAUGGAAGCAGGGCCAUCGCAGAACCUGCAUCUUUAGUGUUUUCCUGUCAGCGGUGUUGGAAGGGUGAAAAAAGAAGAAAACAAGAAAACAAACAAAUUCAGCCAACCAACCCCCUAGACCAGCUAAGCGUCGCAUGCUUGAGAAGCAAGACUCUCACAAAACAGGGAUGCACUCAGAACAGUGUAUUUGCACUCCAAUCAUCCAAGUUGAUAGAGUGACUAGGACCUGAGUCAAUGCACAAAAUGCAGCUUGUGUACAAAAGUAGUGGGCUCCUGGCAGAAGGGAGCAGCACAGGCCCUGUAGAAACUCCCACCCACAACUAACAGGCAGAGCUGAAAGUGCUUGCUGGGAGUGCAUUCAUCUCCCGCCCUCUCUGAAAGCACAUCCUUAGCGCUCUAGAAAUGGGCUGAUGUCUUUCUUCUCUGUAUCCCCUAUUCCAAUAAGCUACGGACAUUUGUCUGCAAUGACAUUAUGCUAUACUCAGUCCUUUGAAACCCUGAUCCUCUGGGGGCUCCCUCCCCAAGCUCCACUCCCUCACACCAUCUUUUCUACCGUUUUCAUCAUAGAAUGCUUCCAAUUUUUUGUGAUUUUUUUUUAUUAUAAGAAAAAUUUAUUUGUAUCUAUUCUAACCAGUUUGGGGAUAUAUUAAGAUAUUUUUGUACAUAAGAGAGAAAGAGAAAAAAUUUAUAGAGUUUUGUAUAAAUGGUUUAAAAUGUGUAUAUCUUGAUACUUUAACAUGUAAUGCUAUUACCUCUGCAUAUUUUAGAUUUGUAGUUCACCUUACAACUGCCAUUUCCCCUAUGUGGUUUUGUAAAGAACUCUCCUCAUAGGUGAGAUCAAAAGGCCACCAGACGUACUUCAGCACCAAUGUGUCUUACUUUAUAGAAACCCUGUUAAUGUAUUAAUGAUGUUAUUAAAUACUGUUCAAGAAGAACAAAGUUUAUGCAGCUACUGUCCAAACGCAAAGUGGCAGCCAGUUGGUUUUGAUGGGUUGCCUUUUGGGAAAUUUCUAUCACUGCCUUUUUUUUUUCUUACUGUUUUAUUACAAACUUACAAAAAAAAAAACCCCAUGUAUAACCCUGUUUUAUACAAACUAGUUUCGUAAUAA